AGAGCCAGUUGCCUCUUCGCUCGGCAUGAUGACUCCGGAAAUAAACAAAUACUUUUUUACCUUUUCGUACAGGAGAGUUCAGACAAAUUGGGUCGGACUGUGCAGUAUAGGUACUACGUUGCGUUGAUAGUAGAAUGACUUCAAAUGCAGUAUUGAGAUUUCGAGAAUUUGGGAAGAAAAUAGUUGCAGUUGGGAGAAAUUAUAAGGAACAUGCGGCGGAAUUGGGAAAUGUGGUACCAACAAAACCAAUUUUGUUUCUAAAACCAACAACCUCAUAUGUCAUCCAGGGCCAAAAAAUAAAGAUUCCACCAAACUGCAAAUCACUACAUCAUGAGGUAGAACUGGGUGUCGUGAUCGGGAGAACUGGGAAUAACAUCACCGAGGAUCAUGCCAUGGAGCACGUGGGAGGUUACGUGUUAGCUCUGGACAUGACAGCCAGGGAUCUACAGGAUGAGGCGAAGAAGAAAGGGUUGCCAUGGACACUUGCCAAAGGCUUUGACACAUCGUGUCCGAUAGGUGACCUGAUUUCCACGGACAAACUACAGCAACCAGAUAAUGUCCAGUUGUGGCUGAAGGUCAACGGUCAAACAAAACAAGACGGGAACACGAAAGACAUGAUCUUUAGCAUUCCUUAUCUUAUCAGUUAUAUCAGCAAGUAUUUUACGUUGGAGGAAGGUGACGUCAUUCUGACGGGAACGCCCUCAGGUGUCGGACCUGUUGAUAAAGGAGAUAUCAUUGAUGCUGGAAUUUCAGACAUUACUUCAUUUAAAUUUCAAGUGGAAUAAAACUGAGAUGAAGUUGUUA